AUGGCUUUUCAGAAAACUAAUGCUGCCCUGCAAAGCAUUGCCAAGAAGCUGAAGGACAUGGAGGCAGAGCACAAUGGCUGCACCAAGGUGCUGAGGCUCCAGGCCAACUCUCUGGAAAUCAAGAACAAACGGCAGGAGAGGCUGCUCAAAGAGCUGGAGGCAGCUGCAGUGAAAAUAAAGGAACUGGAGGAUGAUGCUGCAGCAGCAAGACUAGCACAUGUAGAAUGUAAAUACACUACAGAUGUCAUGCAGUUGAGAAUUCAAGAACUCGAAGACAUUUUGAAUGAAGAUCAGCGCGGCAGGAGACAAGCUUUGCCAGAAGGAGUAGCAAGGGAAGAUUUCAGAGAGCCAGUAAAUGCUCUUGAGACAGGAAAAAAAGCUUCACCAAGACAGCAUAUAACCUACGGUAUGGAAUGGAAAGACAAGGUUGAGGCAAUGAGGAGAGCUCAAGAUCCCAAUGCCACAUUAGUGGAUCCUCCAGACAGCUUCAGCCUGCAUGAAGGCCCAAUAAAGGAGAUUUCCAUCCUCCUGAACUUAUACCGGACCCUGGCAAACGCCCAGGUGCUUUCCAGACAGACAAACGUCCCCCUGGAAGAAUUACCUUGGACAGAACUUUGUGCACUCUUGCAUGAGAAUGUUGAAGCCCUGGUCUCGAACUUCAACAAGGCUAACCAGAGGAUAUCUCACCUAGAAUAUAUGUGCAAGCACAAGACUGACACUAUGAACGACCUUCAGCAGAACCAGGAGGAUGCUUUGGAGAAAAUGUCUGAACAGUUAAAAGCACAGGAGCACUGGUCGCAGAAAGAAAAGCAAUAUCUUGAACAGCAGUACUCAAACGCCCUUGCAGAAAUUCAUGCAAGAUCACAGGAAUGUGAAGAAACGGUGCAGAAAAACAGGCAAAAACUCUACGGCCUUGAACAACUCUCCGACAAACUGGCCCAGGAAAACAAUACCUUGAAAAAUUCAUUAUUAGAUGCUUUCAAGGCACGCUCAUUCCUGCUGGCAGCCUCCGCACUGCUAUCAGGGGCCCUGUGUUCUCUCUACGGCCGACUGUGCGCCAUGUCUUGCCAAAGAGACAUUCUCCAGGAACAGGUGAACCAGCAACAACUAUUGAACCACAAGAUCGUCAGCCUCCUUUAUGCUCUCCCUGCUGUCAUGGAAAGAAACCAGGACGAAGUCAGGAUAAGGCAAAGAAGAGCCAAGAACCUGGCUUAUGUGUUCCGAAGAGCUGUGAUUGUAGCUCUGGCUGCCAACAGGCUGAGGGGUCUGGCCCAAUAUUCUUGUACCUUUUUCGUCUGGUCAGACGGAUGCAGAGGAAGCCCUGGAAUUCAAGUUUGUCUGGGAGAAUCCAGAGGCAGGCAUCCUGUGACCCGUUUUGGAGAGGAAGGAGUUGACUGUAUGGAAGCAAUUAACUGGUUGUGUAGCUCUAACCUCUAUACUGCCAUGAUCAAUUCUAUCUCAGAUCUGGAGGGUGUUCUCAACAACCAAGAUUCAGAGCUGUGGCUUUCUAGUAACUCGCUGAUCGGCACAGCCAGGAACUGCUUUGCAAAACUGAUGGACAACCUGAGCGUUCUGAUGGAGACAGUUCAAGGGAACACUCGUGGGUGCAGAGCCUUCCUGGAGAGGGACUCCCUGGUAGACAGGCUGGCUCGUGGGCUCCGCAGACUAAAUGCCCAGGCCCUGGAAGCUGGAUUGCAUGACAGACUGCCCAGCACAAGAAACAUAGCAACUUUGCAGCAAGAAAUAUUUGCAUUUUCACGAAGGCUUCAUGCAGCAGAAGCAGAGUCCCGCUCACUGUACCUGCAGCUUGAGGAAUGCAGAUGGGCUUUCAACAAGAUGCAAAAAGAUGCUGAAAAAACCCACAGACUGCAGACCCAAUUAAGUGAAGUUCAGCAAGGCCUCCCUGAUGCAGCAGAGGAGCUGAGGAAAAGAGACCAAGCUCUGGAUCAACAGGAGAAACUCCUGAAAGAAAUGGAGCAGGACCAGAAGCGGCUGUGGGAUACUCUCGAGGAGGCCGAACGUGCCCUUGAUCAGGGAAUAAAGUGA